AUGGCUGCAGAGGUACUUACGCACUAUUAUUUCAAAUCGACCACUGAAUUUGAAACGCCCACACUUGAGAUUCUCGACAGUGGCACUUUUACUCAACAAGAAGAAGACCACGGCCGGUGUCUCAACAGCCGAUUGUGGAGUGCGGCUGCAUUGCUGCACGCUCCUGACAGUGUCGAGGAGGUACACGCGAAAUACCUCGUACACGCAGAUAUUGUUGAAACCUGCACGUACCAGCACAGGGAGAAAGAAUUCCAGAGCGUGGAAUUAGCAGUCGAAGCAGCCAACAAAGCAGUCACGUUGGCAAGAUCUGCAAUGCAUACGCAUCCCAACAAAUUUCUCGCUUACGCGCUGGGACCGUAUGCGGUAGCUCAAGCAGUUGGAUCCGAGUACACGGGCAGGCAUAACCAGCAGCAUGAACACAAUCAUGGCAGUAGCUACAAUGAGAAUGUUAAGCUAUUCCAUUUACGUCGGCUGCAAGUGGUGAAAGCAGUUGCAACACUCACAGUCUGCAUACGGGGCACAUCUGGCAGCAUCGCUCCUCUCCGUAUAUCCCUCGUCUUCCCCGAUGGCACCCUCCCAGGAGCUAACAUCUUCAGCGAAAGUUGCAGCACCAUGGAAGACGUUAUUGAUACGGUAUUUGGAUAUGAUAUUGCAGGUGUUGCCGCUGUUGGUAUCAACUGCACCAAGCCACGCUAUUUGCAAGGCUUAGUGAGGGCCCUCGAUGUCGGUCUGCGAAAAUUCAACCUCACGCGCAAACCAAAGCUGACUAUACAACCUGACGGUGGCCUGUCUUACAAUGCUCAGACACGUGGAUGGGAACUGCCUAGCAGUACAGAUGAUUCUGAGCAGGUGGAAAAAUGGGCUAGGCUUGUCGCUGAUGCUGCAGCUGUUGUCAUAAAUGACACUACGUCGCCUUUCUCAGGCAUUGUUGCUGGAGGUUGCUUCAAAAUUGUUGUGCAUCAUAUUGAGCGGCUCAGAAAUGCUUGCUCAGCUCGCGCACAAAAUCUGGACCAAGAUCUGAUGGGCGAGGGUGGAUACACGUUGGAGCAGCUAAUGGAACUAGCCGGGCUUGCGUGUGCUCAGACAGUUCAGAGGCUAUAUCCCUCCCACACUCACAAACAAGUUCUUGUGGCAGCUGGGCCAGGCAAUCAAGGUGGCGAUGGGCUGGUGGCAGCACGCCACCUCUCUCUAUUCGGCUACAAAGCGUUGCUAUUUUACCCCAAACCCAGCAAGAAUCAAUUUGUCCAGCAGCUCGAUAAGCAGCUCGACCACUUCUCCGUACAAAGGAUCCAGGCCGAGGACUUUGAAGGUGCGCUUCACCAAUCAACUGUCGUCCUCGACGCCAUUUUCGGUUUCUCUUUCAAGGGCGAUCCACGUCCACCAUUCGAUGGACCAAUCGCUGCUCUUAAGGAUAGCGACAGGCCCAUCGUAUCGGUCGAUAUACCGUCAGCUUGGGAUGUGGAGAAGGGUAAUGUUAACGGUAAAUCAUUUACUCCGGCUGCUCUGUUGUCUCUCACGGCACCAAAACUCGGCACGCGGUCUUUUACUGGCACGCACUACCUCGGUGGCCGCUUUGUACCGCAGUAUGUCGUCGAUAAGUAUGACCUGCAGCUACCAGUCUAUCCUGGCGCGGAUCAGAUUGUGGAGAUUCCUCCAACAUCCUUCUGA